CUUUCUACCCCUGAGAGCUAUUCUUCCCAGCGCGUCAAGAGGCAGGCUGCUGCUGCUACUACUGAAACAGAGGAGGCUGCGGAUGGUUGCAAUUGAAUGAACAGCCCCAGUUCCCUCUCCACAUCCCUCGCUUUCAGACAUUUUCAUUUUGAUACCCAGUUGCAGCUGAGCUCUCCAGGCUGGGCUAAGACAUGAGUGAGGAUGACAUUGAUCUUCAGAGAAUCCCCCCGGAGGAAAGCUGGGGACCACAGGAGGACGGAGCCUUCCCUGGGGAGGGACAGCCGCCCGGAGAGCCCGGCCCAGCCCCCAGCGAGCCAGCCAUGAGGGUGAACGACAAAUACUCCUCCCUCCCCGCGGGGGACAAGGGGGUCCACAUCAUCAACAUCCGAGCCAUCGAAGACAUCGGCUACCUCCGCUCCGAAGGCACGUUGUUAAACUCCCUUGCUGUGGAUCCGGAUGCUGAAUGCAAGUAUGGACUCUAUUUUCGAGAUGGCAAAAGGAAGGUGGAUUAUAUCCUCGUGUACCAUUACAAGAGAUCCUCAAGCAGCAAGACCCUGGCCAGACGCAUUCAGCACAAUGACUCUUCCUCAGGAACUCGGAGCAUCAAACCGGAUCAUCUGCCCGGAAAGGAUGGGAGCAUGGAUAUAAGUGAACCUGAGCAACAAAUGGAUUAUCACGAGGAUGACAAGAGAUUCCGCAGGGAAGAAUAUGAGGGCAACCUCCUGGAGGCUGGUCUUGAGUUGGAAAGAGAUGAGGAUACUAAAAUACAUGGAGUUGGAUUUGUAAAAAUUCAUGCUCCGUGGAAUGUUCUAUGUCGAGAAGCUGAAUUUUUGAAACUCAAGAUGCCCACUAAGAAGCUGUACCAGAUUAAUCAGGCCCGUGGUCUCCUGAAAAAAAUUAACUCAGUUCUUCAGAAAAUAACAGAUCCAAUCCAACCUAAAGUGGCAGAACACAAACCUCAGACAAUGAAGAGGCUCUCCUAUCCUUUCUCCAGAGAGAAGCAGCACUUAUUUGACCUGUCCGAUAAGGAUUCCUUUUUUGACAGCAAGACUCGAAGCACAAUAGUAUAUGAAAUACUGAAAAGAACAACUUGUACCAAAGCCAAGUACAGCAUGGGGAUCACCAGCCUCCUUGCCAAUGGAGUGUACAGUGCAGCGUACCCAUUGCAUGAUGGGGACUACGAAGGUGAAAAUAUUGAGCUCAAUGACAGAAAACUCCUUUGUGAGGAGUGGGCAAGCUAUGGGGUCUUCUAUAAAUAUCAGCCCAUCGAUCUGGUCAGGAAGUAUUUUGGAGAGAAGAUUGGACUGUAUUUUGCCUGGCUGGGGGUAUAUACCCAAAUGCUCAUCCCAGCUUCAGUCGUCGGGAUUAUUGUGUUCCUGUAUGGUUGUGUUACCGUUGAUGAGAACAUACCAAGCAUGGAAAUGUGUGACCAGAGACACAAUAUUACCAUGUGCCCCUUGUGUGACAAGACAUGUAGUUAUUGGAAAAUGAACUCAGCUUGUGCCACUGCCAGAGCAAGUCACCUCUUUGACAACCCAGCAACUGUCUUCUUCUCUGUUUUCAUGGCCCUGUGGGCUGCCACAUUUAUGGAGCAUUGGAAAAGAAAACAGAUGCGUCUCAAUUAUAGAUGGGACUUGACUGGGUUUGAAGAGGAAGAGGAGGCUGUCAAGGAUCAUCCAAGAGCAGAAUAUGAAGCUAAAGUUUUGGAGAAAUCACUUAAGAAAGAAAGCAAACAAAAAGAGAAGCGUGGACAAAUGCCAGAAGAGACAACAAACAAAUGGAGGCAAAGAGUUAAGACAGCCAUGGCUGGGGUGAAAUUGACUGAUAAGGAAAAACUGACAUGGAAGGAUCGUUUUCUAGCAUAUUUCACCAAUUUUGUUGGGAUCAUAUUCAUGAUUGGAUUGACAUUUGCCAUUGUAUUUGGAGUCAUAAUCUACAGGAUUUCAACUGCUGCUGCUUUGGCAAUCAGCUCCUCUCCUUCAGGCCGGUCUAAUGUUAGAGUUACUGUCACAGCCACUGCAGUUAUUAUCAACCUAGUAGUAAUCAUCAUUUUAGAUGAAGUCUAUGGUUGCAUCGCAAGAUGGCUAACUCAGAUUGAGGUUCCAAAAACUGACAAGAGCUUUGAAGAAAGGCUGAUCUUCAAGGCUUUCCUGCUGAAAUUUGUGAAUGCUUAUACUCCCAUCUUCUAUGUGGCUUUCUUUAAAGGCCGAUUUGUUGGACGCCCAGGAGACUAUGUGUACAUUUUUCAUUCCUUUCGAAUGGAAGAGUGUGCUCCUGGUGGUUGCUUAAUGGAACUAUGUAUUCAGCUUAGCAUCAUCAUGCUGGGCAAACAGCUAAUUCAAAAUAAUCUGUUUGAAAUCGGUAUCCCAAAAAUGAAGAAAUUAAUCAGAUAUCUAAAGUUAAAGAGACAAAGCCCUUCAGACCAUGAAGAAUAUAUGAAAAAGAAACAACGCUAUGAAGUGGAUUACAACUUGGAACCUUUUGCUGGUCUUACUCCAGAGUACAUGGAAAUGAUUAUCCAGUUUGGGUUUGUCACCUUGUUCGUCGCCUCCUUUCCUCUGGCUCCUCUGUUUGCCUUGCUGAACAAUAUCAUUGAAAUCCGUUUAGAUGCCAAAAAGUUUGUCACUGAGCUAAGGAGACCAGUUGCAGUGAGAGCCAAAGACAUUGGAAUCUGGUAUAAUAUUCUCCGGGGAGUUGGAAAAUUAGCUGUCAUAAUCAAUGCAUUUGUGAUCUCUUUCACAUCCGACUUCAUUCCGCGCCUCGUGUACCUGUACAUGUACAGUGAGAAUGGUACCAUGCACGGCUUUGUCAACCACACACUGUCUUCUUUUAAUGUCAGUGAUUUCCAAAAAGGGACAGCUCCAAAUGAUCCAAUGGACCUUGGGUAUGAGGUUCAGAUUUGCAGGUACAAAGAUUACCGAGAGCCACCCUGGUCUGAAAACAAAUAUGAUAUUUCAAAGGAUUUCUGGGCUGUUCUUGCGGCCAGACUAGCAUUCGUUAUAGUUUUCCAGAAUUUGGUCAUGUUCAUGAGUGACUUCGUGGACUGGAUCAUCCCAGACAUUCCCAAGGACAUUAGCCAACAGAUUCAUAAAGAGAAAGUUCUCAUGGUAGAACUCUUUAUGAAAGAGGAACAGGGCAAACAGCAAAUGUUAGAAACCUGGAAGGACAUGGACAAGAGAAACAGUGAAAACUGUAACAACCACAGUCCCAAAUUCUCCAGGAGCAACAGAGGUAGCACUUCAUCUUGCCAUUCAUAUCAUGUCGCUGUAUAGACAGAGACAGUAGUGUCUUAGGAAUCUGGGCAUUCCAGUGACUGCUGUUAUCACAAGCAAGAUCUGAUUCAUGGACCAGCUGGUGCAUGUUUAAGGAUAUACAACCAUUUUGUGAGAAAUUGUCUUCUUGCAGAAAUGGAGGACCACAAUCUGGAUGGGAUUUUUUUUUUGCAUAAACAGAAAUGCAGGGAACUUUUUUUAUAUUUUACUGUUCACCCAAAAGAUUAAUAGUGAUCAUAUGCGGUUAAUGCAGGUACUUAGUGCACAUUCAUGGUCACAACAAUUCUUUGAAGUCUUGAUAGUCUUCUUUCCCUUUCCCAAAAUAAAAAAAAGGCUGAUAUAAAUUAUACAUUUUGAUCUUACAACACCUUUAGAUAUUUGCAAAACCGUUUUCCAAAACAGCAAACAAGCACUGAUCUAUUUUAGAGCAGAGAAACUUAGAAAGUUAUAGUUUUUUUCUUUCCAGUUCAGACAUAUUUUUGCACAGCUGCUGUGGUCAAAAAAAAAAGUUUUGUUUUGUUUUUUCUCCUGGUAUUUUGGUUGUUUUUUCUUAAUAUCAAAAACACUAAGCACUUCCAUCAGAAGGAGCCAGACUCUAGGAGGACAAGCCUUUCCCAUAAAAUCUUUGAUUGAUUUGUUCUGAAUCUGGUCCUAAAAAAACAGGUCUAAUUUUGCUUGGGUGCGUCUCAGAGUUUAGAGCACUUGAACAUUCAGGAGGGCUCCAUACCGGUAGGACUGGCCGUGGGUUCCCACUGUCCUGCAUUAACUGGGGCAGUUAAUCUCCUUUUGCCCCUCACCGUCUCACUCUCCUUCACCUUGCCAACUCUCUUGUUAAAUCAGCAUCCAAUGUCCUUUGGAUCAUUCAAUGGAACCAAAUGACAAAGACUGUUACGUUGCAAGAGGUGUUGCAGCUGGUGUUUUUAAAAGCAAUUUAAAGAUUUAAAAUGGAUGUUUUAUGUUUCCAAGGACACAGGCUACACUUUUUGAUAUUUAAUGGUUUUAGAAUAAAUUACGUGGGCUAUUGAUUAUUUUUCUGUAGGUGGUCUAAAAUGCACCAGAGGUGGAAGGAGCCUAUUACGUUAACCAAAUAUUGUUGAAAAUAAUUUAAAAUAUCGUUCCUACCAAAGAUUUUUAUUAAUAAAGGGCUUAUAUUUUGGUAAUAUUUUCUCUUAUAUUUUUAAUUACAGGAAUGUCACUAUUGUACAAUUAUUUAAAAUAUUUGGGUAAAUAGUUCUCAAUGUGCACUUACUCUUAAUUUGACCAUCACAAAAUUAUCACAUCAGAAAUUUCUGAAAUACCAACAGACAAACAAGUCCCUGCACUACUAUAAAACUAAAUGAUCCUACAAAGGAAUAAUGAAUGUAAAUGUUUUUAUUUUAAAAGCUGUUGGUGUAAUACUGACAUUCCUGUAAACUUCAGAACUAUAACCCAAGUACCCAGUUGUCGUAUAUUUUCAUUAUUUGCUGAAAUCAUAUGAAAUUAACUGAUGCUUAUAUUUUCUCUUGUACAGUAAGUAGUUUGAAAUGGGGUUUUGUAAAUAAUUGUAUUCAGAAUAAGGUGAUUAUAAAAAUCCUUUCAAGGAAACCAUUUUUUUAAAAAAAGUAAAUGUACACAAAUCCAUGUAGUAUUUUUGUUGAACAUUUAUUCAAAAUAAAUUUAAAUAUAUA